UCUGUGUAGAUAAUGGGGCAAAAUGAGGACCCAAAUCUACAACUAAAUGACCCUUCUCACACCAACCUGUGAAAAAAGCUGAGUCUUUUCUUUUUCUCUAUCUUAAACAGACUCAGAAUCCUUUUCAAGAUUAAUUUUUUCUUAUUUAUUUUCAUCACUCCUUUUUAGUGUACUUUAUAUACCGGUGGCUGAGUUGGGUGAAGUUGUUUGGUGAAAAUUGGUUGAUUUUUAUUGGUGGGAUUUUGCACUUUACCUGCGCCUUUCAAACGAGUAGCCUUUAGAUUCUUGCUAUUUUUUUUAUUGGAUUUUUCCGGGGAAAAUUGAUUAUUUCUUUUUAUUGAUGCGUCGUGCGGUGCAGAAAGAAUGUUUUUUCCUAUGUUUUAAAGGGAUUGAGGUUCCUGCUCUUGGUUAUUGAACAUGGCUUCUGAUUGUUCUUAAGGUUUUACAGGUUUGACAAGUCGUGUUUGGUUCGGAAAAUUGAGAAAAAUAGAAUUAUAUCCGGGCAUUGAUUGUUCAAUUGAAGAGUAAUUUUUCCUUAUUUGUAAAAAUUUUUAGCUCUUUCUUUCCGGUUCCUAUUAGGGUUCUUGACUAUAGCUUCUCAAGAACAGAACUUUAUUUUUUCCUUUUUACAGAACCUAGAUAAGUUUUUCUUUGUUCUGGAGAAUUAGGAGUAAUCCUUACCUUUUUGUAUACCCUUUUGAAUCAAAGCAAAGAGAUACUUCUGUUAAUUGUGAUUAGUGACCUCCAAUUUGACUUGUCAUUGGUACAUUUUUUGUUCUUGAUUCUGCUACUUAGAUGAUUGUAACAGGGAGAUUCUGGUUGUAGAACUAGGUUAGUAUUAUCUGCUGUGAGGAAUUGCAGUGAACAUGGAUAUUUGGGUUGUGGCUGCAGCUGCCGGUGCUGGUUAUAUUGCCCAGCAUUGGAAGGAUCUCUUAAAAAGCAGACAUGAUUUUUCAGAAUCGUCUCUUAAGUCUCCUAGUUUUCUAAGAACUGACUCAUUACCGCAUAUGCAGCAAGUUCUGGAUAAUAAUUGUUCCUCCCCUGUAGAGACACCGAGAAAGAAACUAGGUGAAUGUCAUGAUCUAGAAGUGGCUUCCACUAGCACUUUGGCUGGUGAAAACCUAGGGAUGUCGUGUGGAAGCAUAUGUGAUGACAUUAAUGAACCUGGAUAUGAGUCAUUACUUCCCCCUUCUACGACUGAAUUGGCCUUUUCUUAUGGUGGUAAUGCAAGGAAAAAGAGCAGCCUCAGGAGUAGAAGAAAAAUUGGGCAUCUUAUAAAGCCUCUAAAUUCUCUAGAAAGUUGUCUCAUGGCUCAAUUAUACAAGGAACAUGGUGAAGUUGAGGACUUUAUUUUUACUUCAAACUCUUCCCCAUGGACACCAACAGCGAGGCCAUUUAUAGUUACCGAUGGAAGCAGAAUUAUAAGCAGAGGUACUUCUAAUUCCUUAAGUACCUCAAGAGGCGCUGGACAUCAUAAGCUGCAGGAUAGCUUUUCACAAUUGAAUACUGUAUUUGGAGUCCCUCAACUACCUAGCGUUGGAUCUAUGGAGCUCCAGGGAAAAGCCAAGGUGAAGGAUCAUUCCAGAAGAUUUAGUGAUUUCACUAAAAUGAACAAUGAGAGACACGGCAGUUUACAAGGAUCAUCUCGUGGUGUGCUGCUUUUCUGUCUUGGAAUAUCUGUGGGCAUAAUAUCUUCUUUCUGGAAAAAUAGAAAUGAAAUGGAUAAAUUAAAUGAGUUGCUGAGACAGUCAGAGAAUUUGGUUCAAGAUCUACAUGAGGAACUUGAGAUGAAAGAUUCAUUAACUGUGAAAGAGCUUGCCGCUGAAGAUUGUGAGUCACAAGAUACACAUAAUGAUUCUUCAAACAAUGGAGCUUUACAUGAACCUUCCCCUAAAGGGAAGUUGAAUAAGUCGUCAACAAAUUACGAUGAGGACUGUCAAAGCCAGAAGACAGAGGAAGAAUCUAUGAGUAAAAUUGAAGCAGAGCUUGAAGCUGAACUGGAGAGGUUAGAAUUAAGUAUGAACUCGUCUAAGUUGGAGGGGAAACUCGCAGAACUAGAUGAGCUUGAUCCAGGCUUUGUGCCAGAUCUAGCCGAGGGGGAGUUAAGAGCUGAACUCUUUAGUAGACAGGCCAAAGGUCAACCUUAUGCAGAUCAGGAUGGUAGUGCAACCUCGACCCCUCGUCCUGUUGACUAUGCUGUCUCGCCAAGAGAGCUGAGCUUACGGCUGCAUGAAGUCCUUCAAUCACAAUUAGAAGAACGCCUCAAGGAACUUGAGAUGGCACUUCAGAACAGUGAAAGGAAAGUUCGGUAUAUGGAAGCAGAACUUGUAAGUUCUUGGAGGGAUUCCUCAAACAGUGAAGGGGGUUCUUCUUCCACCCAUGGUAGUCCUGUAACUAAAGUUGAACAACGUCCAGCAGAUCAGCCCGUGGUAAUCAAUUUAUCCGGGGAAGCUUUAGAUGCAUAUAACGAGGCUUUUGAUGAGUUCACAAGGUUAAAUGAGUCAGAGGAAGAGGAUAUUGCUGUUGUAUCAGAGGUUAAGGACAGCAACCACCAAGAAAACUCGCGGUCACAUGAACGAGACUUUGACUGGAUUGAGAAUGGUAGGACGAAUGAUGAAAGUGAAGAUGGUGAUGAUGAGAUGGAAAAGUUGUUAAUUAGGCAUAUUGUUGAGAAAGCCAGGAAAGGCUCUCCAGCAGUUUUAAAUGUGCAGAGAGCUUUGUUCUCACUUGAUGAUAAUGAACAUUGAUAUAUUCCCAAUACAAAGUAAAGAGGAAAAAAAGAUUUUUGCAGCUAAUUGACUACUUUUCAUGCACCCACAA